AUGAGGAAGGUCAGUGAUGGUCAUUUCACUGCUGCUGUUAGGGUCUUGACUUCGUCGGGGGUUGCACCUGGUAAUGAGGAGACUCUGCGGGAGUUAGAGAAGAAGCACCCAGAUGCGCGUGUCCUAUCCUGCCUCCCUGUAGUACUGAUGUCAAGUUUCCCCAAGGGGACCUCAUGUGGGCGUGAUGGUUUGCGGGCCCAGCAUAUUGUUGAUGCGCUUGGGAAGGCUGCCGUUGCAGUGGCUGAUGAUUUAGCUACCUCUAUUACGGCGGUGGUUAAUCUGUUACUCGCUGGUAAGUGUCCCGCUUCUUUGGGCGAGUUUAUUGCUAGCGCUCCACUUACGCCUUUACUUAAGCCUGGGGGAGGUAUUCGGCCCAUUGCUGUUGGGACAGUCUGGCGGAGACUUGUCUCCAAGGUUGUUGCUGUCGUGGUCGGGAAGGAGGUUGGCAGUUAUCUUGAGGAUUUCCAGUUCGGCGUAGGUAUGGCUAACAGGAGUGAGGCUAUUCUCCACGCUGUCAACAGGUUGGUCGAGGCCAAGGGGGAUGUGAGCGGCAUGUCUAUGCUUCUGGUUGAUUUUAGCAAUGCCUUUAACAUGAUAGACCGCAGUACUAUGCUUAGAGAAGUCCGACGCCAGUGUCCUUCGCUCGCUCCUUGGGUUGAAUUCUGUUAUGCACGGCCUGCUAGGUUGUAUUAUGAGGGUUCUAUCUUGUUAUCUUCCCAGGGGGUUCAGCAGGGUGAUCCUUUGAGGCCUUUGUUGUUUGCGCUCACCUUGCAUCCACUUGUCCAUUUGAUCCACGAAAAAUGCAAUCUUGAUUUCAUGGCUUGGUACCUCGACGAUGGUACCAUUAUUGGGGACACUGCUUUGGUUUCUUCGGCUUUGCAGGUGAUCACUACUGAGGGUUCGGCAAUGGGGUUGCAUUUAAAUGUUGAGAAAACGAAAAUCUUUUGGCCUACUCCGGAUCCGAGGAGCUAUGAUUCCAUACUUUUCCCUCCUAGUAUUGCCCGCCCCAGGGAUGGAGUCAAGCUUCUGGGUGGGCCAGUUAGCUUGGAUGCUGUCUUUUGCAGCCGCUUGAUAGAGGACAGGGUCGCUAGGACUGUGGGUUUGAUGGAGGCCGUGGCUGGGCUUAAUGAUCCUCAAUCGGAGUUGCUUCUUCUGCGGAGUUGUGUGGGGGUUAGUCGUUUGUACUUCUCUUUACGGACUUGUCCGCCGCAUAUGCUCGGGUCUGCUCCUAUUUCCUUUGUUCUCGCCUUAAGGAAGGUUCUUCAAGAUAUUAUUGUGGAUGGUGGUGCUGGCUUUGGAGAUUGGCAGUGGCGUUGUGCCACUCUUCCUUUUCGGUUUGGUGGUUUCGGGGUCUACACAGCGCAGGAUUCUUCUGUAUAUGCUUUUGUUGCCUCGCGUCUCCAGUCUCUUGGUCUCCAGAACAGACUGCUCGGGCAUGGUGGAGACUCUGGUUUGGGCCUUGCUUGUGAUUUAGCUUUAAAUAGCUUUCGAGAUUUGUGUCAUUUUGAUCCUCUCGAUCUCUGCCGUGUGGUACCAGCCCCCUCGUUUAUGAAAAAGUUGGCUACAGUGUACUUUGAUAUGGUAGAGAAGAAGAUGAUGGCACAGCACAACCCGAGUCCUAGGGAAAAGGCUAUACUCAUUAGCAACUGA